GGGGAUUGGAACACCUGAAUCACAUGAUAUGGAGGGGAUUGGAACACUUGAAUUACAUGAUAUGGAGGGGAUUGGAACACCUGAAUCACACGAUUUGGAGGGGAUCGGAACACCUGAAUCACAUGAUUUGGAGGGGAUCGGAACACCUGAAUCACAUGAUAUGGAGGGGAUUGGGACACCUGAAUCACAUGAUUUGGAGAGGAUUGGAACACCUGAAUCACAUGAUAUGGAGGGGAUUGGAUCACCUGAAUCACAUGAUAUGGAUGGGAUUGGAACACCUGAAUCACAUGAUUUGGAGAGGAUUGGAACACCUGAAUCACAUGAUAUGGAGGGGAUUGGAACACCUGAAUCACAUGAUAUGGAGGGGAUUGGAACACCUGAAUCACAUGAUAUGGAGG